AUGGAUAUUAGGAGUCGUAUUUGUGGAUUGAUGCAAAUUCAAGAAGCUGGGGUAGAUAGUAUGUAUCUGGGGCUUCCAAGCAUUGUUGGCUGCAACAAAAACGCUGUGUUGGGGUUUCUAAAAGAGAGAAUGAGGAAGAAAAUAAAUGGGUGGGAGGGUAAGGUUCUCUCUCGGGAUGGCAAAGAGGUGCUUAUCAAGUCUGUGGUUCAAUCGCUUCCUUCAUAUGCCAUGAAUAUUUUUCUUUUCCCAAUUGGUCCCUGUAAAGAAAUUGAGAGGAUGAUGGCAAGCUUUUGGUGGAAAUCAACUAAUUCUAAUGGUAAUGGGAGUGGCAUUGUUUGGAUGAAUUGGGAUAAAAUGACCAAACACAAAGCUGAAGGCGAUAUGGGGUUACGAAACAAUUAUUUGUCUGCUGAUUUGGGGUCAAACCCGAGAUUUAUUUGGAGCAGUAUUUUUGCUGCAAAGGACACUGUUAAACUCAGUUUAAGAAAAAGAAUUGGGUCUGGUUUGACCGUGCAGAUUACAUUAGACCCGUGGCUUCCUGUUAUGGAUAGACCCUCUCCAUUUCUGCUUGUUCCUGGCCUCAAAAAUUUCUCUGUUAGCAACUUGUUUCAAGUAGGUAAUCAAAGUUGGGAUGCUGAUAUAGUGUGUGAUUUAUUUUCUCCAACUGACGAUGCUAUCAUACUUGGUAUCCCUAUCCAACCAUCGGGUGGGGAUGACUCUUGGUACUGGCUAGCUGAGAAAAAUGGGUUCUACUCUGUCCGUAGUGCGUACAAGCUGCUUCAAGAUCAAAAGCAUCACUCGGACAACCCCGAGGGCCAUACAUUUUGGAAGAAAUUGUGGUCACUUAAGGUGCCUCCUAAGAUGAAGGACCUGGUGUGGAGGGCGGCUUCUAAUUGCCUUGCAACCAAGAUUGAAGAUUUGCUUGAAAAGCCUGCUGUUGAGGAAAAGGAACUUGACGAAGCUUCAGAAGCAGUCGUCGAGGUUACUGUGCAGGAAUCUGUUGCUACAGAAAAUCCAACAACAAAAGAAUCUGAGUAUCCUUUGAAUUCAAUCAUUGAUCCAAUACAGAGGGAACCAUCCUCCAGGGAUUUUCAAAGGAAAAUGGCCAAAACUAAGAAUGCCCAAUCGUCCAAGAAGCCCUCUCGUGGCUCUGCUUCUGCUUCUACAGAAAUGGCUGUUGGCAGGGAGCCUUUGUCUCUGCUGAUAUGGCUAGAAGAGUCUGCAAGCCGUGUGGACAAUGAGACUCUGUGCAAAAUUGUGAUGUUGUGUUGGGCUCUAUGGUCAACAAGGAAUGAUUUAAUUUGGCAGCAGCAUGUUCAAAUAGUAAGGGAUGUGGUUGUUUUUGCAAACUCGAGACUUGAUCAAUAUUUGAAAGCUCAAGGUAGGGGGAAUAUCCCUUUGCUGUCACCACUUAAAGAAGGUGAUGGUUCAGAGCGGUGGAUUAAACCGGAUACAUGUAUCAAGCUCAAUAUUGAUGCAACCACUUUUGAUCGGGACUUUAAACAUGGCUACGGGUGUGUGGUGAGAAAUACCAAUGGGGAGCUGGUCUCAGUUUUUUCUGGUUUUAAACAUGGUAAUGUUUCACCCGAAUUAGCAGAAAUAAUGGGCAUUAGAGAGGCACUAAGCUGGCUCAAUUGUCACAACUACACACGGGCAGCCAUUGAGACAGACAACUUGGUCUGUGUCGAAGCUAUUUGGAGUGCAGAAAGUUUUGCUUCUGGUUUCGAUUUGGUUGUUGAGAAGUGCAAGAACAUUCUUAAAAAUUUGUUAAAUGUUUCGUUAUUUUUUGUUAAGCGUUCUGCGAAUCGUGCCGUGCAUUUCAUUGCCCGGCAUUCUAUUUCUCUAGCUGAACUAUAG